AUGGCAACCCUCCGCGCACCCUCGUCCCUCCCCACGACCGCCGCCUCACCAUCCCUCACACCGCCCCUCCUAUCAUGGCUGUCCGGCGUCUGGAACGUGACGCACUCGACGCUCCCCAUGUGGAAAAAGUCGCGCAACGUGCAAAUCACGUACAACGCCAUACCCUCGACGUCACCUGCGCAAAUCGACGACCUAGUCACGUAUCAGAAUUUGACUUCUGACAAGGUCAAAACUGUAAAGGGCGUUGAUAAGCCGUUCGAAGUGCCGAACACCGAGGCUGCGGGAGAGGCUGACGGGAGUGAGAAGGCGAGCUUGGGCUACAACUGGAGGGGCAAGGGCUUGCUCAUGAUUGCGACGAGCAAGUGGGAGAUUCUGGGUUAUGGCGAUGAGGAAGGCACGGGGAAUAGCUGGGUUGUGACAUAUUUUGCCAAGACCUUGUUUACGCCCGCCGGUAUAGACUUUUAUUCGCGCAAAGGUGCUUUGGCGCCGCAGACGAUUGAAGACAUCAAGACCGGACUCAAGGGCCUGGGUGGUGACCUUGCCAACUUGGCGGAGAACAUUUUUGAGGUCAAGAUGGAUGAGGCUAGGACGGGAUGA